AUGAAAUUCCGAAACUCUUUGAUAUUAUUUUUAUUAACCGUUACAGUUCAGGUGGGAGACUUCGCCGCGCAUAUACCUUCCGCCGCUUACGACCGCGUUUUAUUCUCCGAUCGGAGAUGCUGCGAUCAUGAGAGCAACAAAGAGUUAACGAUACAUCCGUGCAAAAACGGAACGAUGAGGGGGACGAAGGAAACAAACUGUGAGGUGUGGAGCGACGCGUGUUCGGAGGCGGUGAUGAGCGUAGCGACGCUGCCGGAGACGGUGGAGUGGUUGAAAACUGUUCGGAGGAAGAUCCAUGAAAAUCCGGAGUUGGCUUUUCAGGAAAUCGAGACGAGCCGUUUGAUAAGAGAGGAGUUGGAUCUGAUGGAAGUUAGUUAUCGGUACCCGCUCGCGAAAACCGGUAUUCGUGCUUGGAUCGGUACAGGAGGUCCGCCUUUUGUUGCAGUUAGAGCUGACAUGGACGCACUUCCUAUCCAGGAAGGUGUUGAGUGGGAGUACAAGUCUAAAGUUGCCGGUAAAAUGCACGCUUGUGGGCACGACGCACAUGUGGCGAUGCUUAUUGGUGCUGCCAAGAUAUUGAAAACUCGUGAGCAUUUAUUAAAGGGUACUGUAAUUCUGUUAUUCCAGCCAGCAGAAGAAGCUGGUAAUGGUGCAAAGCGAAUGAUACAAGACGGUGCUUUGGAGAACGUGGAGGCUAUAUUUGCAGUUCAUGUAUCCCACGAACAUCCGACUGCUAUAAUUGGGUCGAGGCCUGGACCCCUGUUGGCUGGCUGUGGAUUUUUUAGAGCAGUGAUUAGUGUGAAAAGAGCCUUUGCUGCGAACCCUCGCUACUCAGCUGAUCCACUUUUGGCCGCUUCAGCUGCAGUUAUCAGCAUACAGGGCAUUGUCUCUCGUGAAUCAAAUCCAAUGGACUCACAGGUUGUGUCUGUAACUUCAUUUAAUGGAGGCAAUAGUCAUGACACAAUACCAGACGAGGUUGUCAUUGGUGGGACCUUCAGAGCAUUUUCGAACACCAGUUUUUACCAGCUGCUACAAAGAAUAGAGCAGGUGAUUGUAGAACAGGCUAGUGUCUACAGAUGCUUUGCAGAAGUUGAUUUCUUUGAAAAGGAGUACAAUAUUUACCCUCCCAUGAUUAAUGAUGACCAAAUGUAUGAACACGUUAAAAAAGUGUCAAUCGAUUUGCUGGGUCGAAAGAAUUUCAGGGUAGUCCCACCUAUGAUGGGUGCCGAAGAUUUCUCUUUUUACUCCCAAGUCGUUCCUUCAGCUUUCUUCUACAUAGGGAUAAGGAAUGAAACACUGGGGUCUACUCACACGGGACACUCUCCGCAUUUCAUGAUUGAUGAAGACGCUCUACCGAUAGGAGCUGCUGUUCAUGCCACCAUCGCAGAGAGGUACCUCAUUGAACACGGAUGA